AUGAUACAGACCCAGAAGGCGGUCAAACAUCUCGGUAUCCAUAUGAAUACAAAGCUCACAUUCUGGGAGCAUAUCCGGAAGGCGGCGGAUAAGGCAGUGAAAACAACGACAGGCCUCAGCAGAUUAAUGGCGAAUGUUGGUGGACCCAAGCCGAGCAAGCGCUGUCUAUUAAUGUCGGUCACCACGUCUAUCCUGUUGUACGGAGCCAAAAUUUGGGCGGACGCACUCAGGAUAGAUAAGUACAGAAGACGCAUGGCAGGCGUGCAAAGAUUGGGAGCACAGCGAAUAGCCUGCUCGUACCGUACCGUCUCCGAGCCCGCGGUGCUGGCAUACCUGAAUAAAAUCGGCAAAGUAAGGAGCUCUGACUGCAGGUAUUGCGGCUGGUAUAGAGAUGAUGCGUCACACACGUUCUUCACCUGUGACAGAUGGGUAGAAGAAAGGACGAUACUGGAAACGGACAUCGGGAGUAUCAGCCCAGACAACAUCAUCCAUAAAAUGCUAAGCAGCCAGGAGAACUGGCAAAAAGUAGCGGUCUACGUGGAGACAGUAUCACGUGAGAAGAAGAGGGAGGAACACCUUGCGUGA